CGCAUCUAGACUUCCAGCAAUAUCAAUAUUGCUUCUGAACAACCAAACAAGAUAUUACAAAUCAACAUCCUAUAGAGAAUUAUAUAAAGCGUAAUGUCUCAACGCUUCAUGUGAAAUGUUUCUCACAAUAUGUCUUUAUUAGAUCCAUUUAUCCUCUCCAAGUGGUUGCACUCGAACCAGUAGUUCAAAUCCCAGCAUACCAUGGCAGCUUCCAGUGGUUCGCUUUCCCUGGCACCAGAGGAUUACACGUUUCCUAAAAUAUUCAUUAAACACCAGAUACGACCAAAUCCCAAACCCACAUUUCAUGCGAUCUCGACUGCUCAAAAAACUGCUAUCAUAACAGGUGGCAACGCCGGGAUCGGUUUAGAAUGCGGGCGACUCUUGCUAUCACUUCAACUUUCUCAUCUGAUUCUUGCUGUACGAACGCCCCAAAAAGGAGAAGAAUCCGCAGCCCCUCUGCGAAAGCUUCACCCAAACACCAGGAUUGAUGUGUGGCACCUUGACAUGAACUCUUACGAAUCGAUACGCACAUUUGCCCGGAAGUGCGCAACACUCCCUCGGCUGGAUAUAGCUAUACUCAAUGCCGGGAUUAUGAACAUCAAGCUUGAAGUCAACACUUCUACCGGCCACGAGGAAAUGUUCCAAGUAAACUACCUGUCCACAGCACUACUCGCUUUGCUUCUCCUCCCGAUGCUCAAAAAAACCCCAACCGGCACCCCAGGCCGACUUACACUGGUGGCAUCGGGCGCAGCGCUAAUCGCCGAGUUUUCCGAACGAAACGCGGUGCCGCUACUUCCUGCCUUCGACGAUCACGGAAGCUGGGGCUCGUCUACUGCCAAGAAAAGAUACGAUACUACCAAAGGACUGGUACUGAUGCUUACGCUUCAGCUGAGCAAGAUGAUAAAGGCGGAAGACACAAUCAUCAAUGUCGUGGACCCGACGUUCACACCCGGCACCGGCUUUUUCCACGAUCUUCCGGUCGUUAUGAGGUUGCUUGCCUGGCCGCUUGCGACGCUGUUGGGCACCUCCGUGAACAAUGCAGCAUGGAGAUACGUGGAUGCCGCUGUGGCUCGGGGGCCUGAAAGCCACGGAAGCUUUGUUAGUGACUGGGAAAUCCAUCCGUUUCAUCCUUUCCAAUAUACCGAAGCGGGCGACAUAUUCAUGGAUCGUCUUUGGGACGAGACUGUCAAGGAACUGGACUUUCCCGAGAUAGGUGAGGCUUUGCAAUCUUUCUGAUGGUCAGGACUUUAUGGAGUAUGUUGUACUACAUAUGAAGCGCUAAAAGGCUAUGAUUGAUCCUUAGUAAUUCAAAGUAAAAGGAGGCUCAUUCUUCGAUAAAUAGUUAUAGGAAUUCUUUAUUGCAACAAACAAA